GCUAAUAACAUUGUUAAACGGUAAAACUCAGUUGUUAUACAAAAAGUAUACUUUUUACAAGCAUUACACAUCGAUAGAAAAUUUGAGCAGAUGGAACUGCACUAGACGUCCUAGAUGUAAUGCCUAUGUUAUUGCGAAUGACGAUUUGGUAAUAAAGAAUGGCCAUUAUGAACACAAUCAUGAUAUAUAUAGCUGAAUUAAUAACCACGAUCAACGACAAAUGCUUUUUGAAGUACAAGCAAUUUUUUUACACGAAAGUGUCGAGAAAGAAGUGGCGGUGUAUUAACACCAGUAAAUGUUAUGCGUCUAUCAUCGUGAACGAAUAUUGUCAAGUCCUGGAAGAGAGGAAGGCUCAUCUGCAUCCAUCCCCAACCUUCAUUAAAACCAGGAGUGGAAAUUUCAAUAAAAUAUUUCUUAAAGCUAAUACCAUUACUACAAAGCAAUUUGAUAACGAUAUCGAUCAACUAAGUACUUCUCCAACAUUCUUCAGAUCAUAUAAAUCUGCAUCACAAGCUUCCAGUUCAUGUCAUCUAAACGAAAUAAUUUCAGAUAAUAUCGAUAAUCCCAAAGAUUCUUCUCAAGAAACACAAAAAAGAUAUAUCAGAAACAGAAAAAGAAAAAAUAGAGCUAAUCCUAACAAUUGGAUGUGUAAUAAAAGGAAACACUUAAGAAACUCUGGUCAAGAAUAUGAAACGAAAAAUAAUAAAAGAAAAAAAGCGAGGUCUGUUAAAACGCCGUGUAAUAAUUGUAGAUUUAAAUGCACGUCUUUGAUAACCGAAGAGGAGCGAAAAGAAAUAUUUGACGAAUAUUGGAACCUAGGUGAUUUGAAGCUUCAAAGACAUUAUAUUUAUAAUAGAACUGAAUCAAUUUUAGUAAAGUACAGAUACACGACAACUGUGAAUGGUAGAGGAUUGAAUCAGGCAUAUUAUUUUUUUAUUCAAGACCGAAAAGUGAGAGUUUGCAAAUCAUUUUUCUUGUCUACUUUAGAUAUAAGCGAUAAGGUUACAAGGACAGUAUUACGUAGAAAGCUUAAAGGAGAUGAUAAUAUGGAGGAUUAUCGAGGAAAACAUCGAAAAAGAAGCUCUUAUUAAUAAGGUGUCUUAGUCAAUAUGAAGAUAGCGACUUUACACAGAUAAAAGAAUUAAUUUA